AAUACCAUUUGUUACAAUAACGAGCAGCUGCAGUUGAUACAAACAGCAAGAAAAUUGGUAUUCGACUAUCUUAUAAACUUGCAGGCUGAAGUUGGAGGUUGUGCAUCCUAUUUCUUUGUCUCUGUUAUUUGUUCCUGAGUUGAUGGGUUUCUAAUUUACAGUAUGAGUUGUGGGUUUGCUCAUUCCCCAGCUGCAAUUACUGCUUUGAUACAUCCUUCCAAAUUUGAAUCUGUAAGGGUUUCCUACCAUACAAAAUGUAAAUGUCUAAAAUCGAAGCUGUACCAAAAUCUUGCUUAUCUUGGUUCAUUCAAGUUUAAUGGCUGUGAAGUAGAACUUCCACCUCAGAUUGCAUUUCAACCUCACCCAAACGUGUUUCUGAUCAAAGGCAAUCAUCCCCAAAAUGCGGAUUUUCCUCGAUGCUACUCAAAGAAAGAGAAGAAGCCCUUCCCGAUACCUGUUUUGGAGCUAAGACGAGCUGCCAGGGAGAGACAAAAGAGCAGAAAGGGGAAGCCCAGGAAACCAGUAGUACCUCCGAGGAAUGGGAUGCUAAUACGAAGGCUUAUACCGGUCGCAUAUGAAGUUUUCAACUCCAGGAUCAAACUGAUUAACAAUCUUAAAAGGCUCUUGAAAGUGGUGCCAGUGCAUGCUUGCAAAUGGUGUAACGAAAUUCAUGUGGGACCUGUUGGCCAUCCGUUCAAGUCAUGCAGAGGACAGCAAACCGAGCGCCGCAAGGGACGGCACGAGUGGAUACAGGCGACUAUUGAGGACAUAUUCUUGCCAGUUGACGCCUUUCACCUCUUCGAUCGUCUUGGGCCACGUAUUCCUCAUGAAGAAAGAUUUUCCACCCCUAGGGUACCAGCACUUGUUGAACUUUGUGUCCAAGCUGGGGUUGACUUACCUGACCUUCCUACAAAGAGGAGAAGAAAACCAGUAAUUCGUAUAGGGAAAAGUGAAAUAAUUGAUGCUAAUGAAGAUGACUUGGUAGAAGAAACUUUUACACCAGAAUUCAAUGAGAUAAUUGAUGCUAGUGAAGAUAACUUGGUGGAAGAAGAUAUCGCGCUGGUAGUUCCUGAAACAUACACCUUGCAUGAUAUCUUACCUGAUUCGGAGAUACAAUCUCCGUCAAAUGCUGAAGAACUAGCCUUACUCUCUGAGGAGACAGUUGAAGCAUGGGAUAAGAUGAGACAAGGGGCGAAGAAGUUGAUGAGGAAAUAUUUAGUGAGAGUGUGCGGAUACUGCCCGGAGGUGCACGUGGGACCCAGUGGACACAAGGCACAAAAUUGUGGGGCAUAUAAGCACCAGCAACGAAAUGGGCAACAUGGGUGGCAAGCAGCGACCCUUGAUGAUUUGAUACCACCGAGGUAUGUGUGGCAUGUUCCCGAUGUGAGAGGUCCUCCUCUGCAAAGGGAGCUGCGGAACUUUUAUGGGCAAGCUCCGGCUGUGGUGGAGAUUUGUGUGCAAGGGGGUGCUGUUGCACCAGAAGAUUAUAGGUCAACAAUGAGGCUGGAUGUUGGGAUUCCAAUCGAUAUUAAAGAAGUUGAGAUGGUAGUUUGACGUGAGUCCAUUUCUUAUGUAUGCAAAACAUAAUUAAUGUAUGUAAGCUGAAGUUCUAUGGCAUUAAAUGUUUUUGCGGCCUCCAAUUUGUGCUACACUUGUGAUUUCACCUGCUUGUGAGCUGGGUGAACAGAAGUGUAUUAGUAUCAGUGACGAAAGAAAUGUUCCCAAAUUCAUGGCAAGCUAGUAAGAGAAAGAAUGUACUGUCCAAGAUAUGAACUGUUGCUCUCAGAGGUCGCUUUGGAGUAUCGAGCGUCGUAGAAGGCAUAAAAAGAGAUGGCGAUUCAGGAAUCUGUGGAUUUUUCAGUUGUUAUGGAACAGAACGGUAAAAUUUGGCAAAACUGAUGAUGAUUGUAGUUGUAAUAUGGGAUUUUGUUCUGUUAAUUGUGUUAUGCAUGAAUAGUUAAUUCAUGAUAGAGAUCUACUACCUUCAAGAAAGUCUCUUUCAACUUUUGUUUGGAGCAAAUUUACUCCACCCAAGUUCAUUUGUAUGAUUGUAUGUACUGCGGCAA